UCACCGAGGACCGAGGCCAAUCAGAGCACAGCUGUCUGUCAUCCAGGUGGAUCUUCACCUGCGCGCACUGCUGCAAAACGCUCAGGUCACGUGACCAAGCGCUGUUCACCGCGAGCGCGGAAACCGAAACCACAUCCUGCCCUCUGCCCUCUGCUGUGAUUGGCUAACUGAAUACAGAGACCUGAGGAACACCUCCAUGGUUCUCCUCCAGCUCAUGGGUGGUGCGUUCACAGACCAGGAAAGUCCAGUUCCCUUUCCGUACAGACUGUAUGAGAAGGUGGAAAAGAGAAAGGACGAGUCUAAGCUGGUUUUCAUCAGGGACAGUAUGAAGCAGAUUUAUGAUCUGUAUCGCCAUGGUAACCACUCCUCCACCACCUGGGAUCCCAUUAGGACCACCAAGUUCCUGGAGAGCGUCAACAGGCAGAUAAAGGAGCUUAGCAGCUGUGUUUCUAUAAACAAACACACAACUUCCAGCCAGCUGAGUAGGUACUACAAGAGACUGAAGAACUGCACCUUGUCCCGCACCGGUGGCAGUGCAGCCUCCUGGGAGCUGCUCAGGAAGGAGACCAAGCAUCAUCUGGACAUGUUGGAUCUUCUGGGGAAUUCACUAUGA